ACUUGUUCUUACGUACUAGGUUCCUAGCUAGCUGUUCUGGAUGUAAACAAUUGACUUGACCACAACAAUCUUGACAUUGUAGCUUCAUCUGCCAUUGACCUUUGUGACAGAUAGCUAUAUUUGCGACAUUAUACGACAUGAAUAGAGACACUUGGAUCCAACAACGUGCCUAGAUUGGUCUGAACUAAAGUUACAGUGCUGUUGCUUUCAAGGAAAACGUCGUCAAUCUGAUGAUAAUAUUGCACAUUCUUAGAAGCUAAGAAUAGCACAAACACGACUGAACUACAGUGACAGGCAUCCGCUCUCUCUCCAGCCAUGGCUGGUCUCCUCCACAGAAGGUUGCGUAUGAGGACUGCUCUCAGGUGGCUGAGUCCCCUCAGAACUUUACCCCCAGGCUUCAGCAGCGGCCUGCUCCAGACACCCAGGCCUGGGUCUUGUGGAGUCUGCUGUCGGGAGCUCCAUGAUGGGGGAGAGAGACCCACCCCUUCCCCCGCUGCUGCCCCAGAGAGGAGGCCUUUCUCCAGGGUAACUCCAGAGGACCUGACCUUCUUCAGCAAGAUAAUACCAGGCAGAACCAUCACUGACCCAGAUAUAUUGGAGGCCAGUAAUGUGGACUGGCUCAAGUCAGUGAGAGGUUUCAGUGAGGUUCUGCUGAGGCCCCAGACUACAGAGGAAGUUUCUCAGAUCCUUGGGUACUGUAACAGUCGUAACCUGGCAGUGAGUCCUCAGGGUGGUAACACAGGGCUGGUGGGAGGCAGUGUUCCUGUCUAUGAUGAGAUCAUUCUCUCUACCGCGCUCAUGAACAACGUCCUCAACUUCGACUCCGUCUCCGGUAUUCUGUCGUGCCAGGCAGGUUGUGUGUUGGAGAGCCUGUCUCUUUACCUAGAGGACAGGGACUACAUCAUGCCUCUGGAUCUGGGGGCAAAGGGAAGCUGCCAUAUAGGAGGCAACGUAGCCACUAACGCUGGAGGGCUGAGGCUGUUACGCUACGGAUCCCUACGAGGGACAGUAUUAGGACUAGAGGUGGUGCUAGCAGAUGGGAGGGUCCUGGACUGCCUAGCCACCCUGAGGAAGGACAACACAGGAUAUGACCUCAAACAGCUGUUCAUCGGGUCAGAGGGCACGCUGGGGGUCAUCACCGCGGUAACCAUCCUGUGUCCACGGAAACCUAAAGCCGUCAACGUGGCCUUCCUGGGCUGUGGGAGUUUUGAGCAGCUGCUGCAGACGUUCCAGCGGUGUAGAGGCAUGCUGGGAGAGAUCCUCUCAGCCUUUGAGUUCCUGGACAGAGAGUGUAUGAGACUACUGAACACACACCUCAAACUGGCUAACCCCAUCACAGACUGUCCGUUCUACAUCGUCAUAGAAACAUCCGGCUCUAACCCCACCCACGAUGAGGAGAAGUUGCACCAGUUUCUGGAGGAGGCCAUGACAUCAUCCCUGAUUAUCGACGGGACCGUAGCAACUGAGGAGGCCAAAAUCAAGGCUCUCUGGUCGCUGCGCGAGCGGGUAACAGAGGCUUUAACUCAUGAUGGCUUCACAUAUAAAUACGACAUCUCACUUCCUGUGGAACGGAUCUACCAGCUGGUCACAGAUAUGAGAGAACACCUGGGAGACAGGGCCAAGAGUGUGGUUGGAUACGGACACGUUGGUGAUGGUAACCUCCACCUGAACGUCACCUCUCCUACUAGAGACCCCGCCCUCCUGGCGUCCAUCGAGCCCUUUGUCUAUGAGUGGACGGCCCGUUUCCAGGGCAGCAUCAGCGCAGAGCACGGCUUGGGCCUGAAGAAGAGGAACUAUAUCUACUACAGUAAAGCCAGCCAGGCUGUCGCUCUGAUGGGGAACAUUAAGACCAUGUUAGACCCCAAGGGCAUUCUCAACCCUUAUAAGACCCUGCCGGACGACCUGCAAUGACCCUAUUGCUCCUUACCUGAUGAACUUAAAUCACCCUAACACCUGACCUUACCCUGACUCAACUCUCAUAAACCACUACCAGAUGACCUUUCACCCUGCACGACCAUACCUGAUUAACUCAACUAAUCCUGACCCAAAACCCUCUCCAGACUACAGACUCCUGACCACCUCUACUGCUGACUCCAGGGCCCAGAUUCACAAAACCUUCUUAAGAAGAAAUGUCUUACUUUUUUUUGUGUAAGAAGUGUUUUGUGAAUCUGGGCCCAGGUCUCUGGUAGGGUGUUAUUGUUGUGUAAAGCUAAGGCUUGUCUAGGCUAGGAUUCAAUCUGAUUGCGCUUUGUCGGCAAUCAGGCAAUGUUUCCGCGUUCACAGAGACCACAUUCACGGUAAACGCUGCAUAUGUCCAAAUCCGCGAUCGGAUUGAAUCCCGGCCCUAGUGAACUACCUCUGAUACUCAACUCCAACCUGCACUGAUAAGAGGCCCCAGUAGAGCUGUCUGAUUAGGGAGCUAACCAUGGCCAUAGUUCUCUCAUAGUAGUAGUGUCUGAUCAGUUUGUAAUGUAAGUAUAAUCUGUCUAAAUUCAUUGUAAAUAGAGCUGAUUAUAUUUGUUACGGAAUCAGGUUAUUAUUUAACCACCAGAAUAGAAGACAGCACAUGGUGUUUGGUAACAGUGCAGAUUGUUUUAUUACAUGUAAAAAAUAAUAAUAAUACAGCAACAAAAUAAGUUCAUUUUCUGAAUGAAUACGCAAUCUCUAAAACUAGACAUACGGUUGGUUCAUUUUAUGUAAAUAAUUGUGCAUGCACGUUUCCCCUAAGCAACCCAUAGAUGCCCAAUUCCAAACCGACCACUAACCCCUACACUAUAUACUUGUGUAGGUCUGAAAGGAUUGGAGUGGUAUAAGCAAUAUGGUGGUAGCUCCACCUUGCCCUCUCAUGUUAGAAGCUCAGUGGAGUUUUCCUUUUUCGAUCUUGUUAUGAGGGCAGAAUAACUGGUUGGUUGGAUGUAGGCAGUUUGCAGCAACAGUCAAUAAAGUGCAAGUCAAUAAAGAAAAGCUUGUUAGGUGGUAGAGGGUGUAGAAAAUGUGGGUUUCGUCACACAAGGUCACUAGUUCGAAUCCCAGUGUGGUUUCAGUUCUCUAACCCAACAUACUUAACCAAUCACAUUUCCAAUCUAUUGUCAUUCUAACAGACUGACUGAACAGCUUUAUGUGUGCGGUAAAAAGGUUUGUGCCUCCCCCCUUGUGGCGCAGUGGACUAGGUACAGGGACCAGAAGGUCACAAAUUCUAAUCUUGUUCAUGCCCUGAUGUUCAAAUCUCAGUGUGGUUGUUUUCUAACCCCAAUCAUAUUUCUUGCUUUAACGUAACCAAUCACAUUUGUUAGCUGCCCUCCGAAUAAGGGCUGGAUUCAUUCGGUAUAGUGGAAGAUCCGCGUUAAAAUGUAAAGGUAAUUUCCGAUUGAGCCGACAAAAUGCAGCGUUUACCGCAUCGUCUUACAUCAGAUAGCGAGUCGAUUCGGCAUGCACUGAUAUUGGUUGCGGGACGAGCGUCGCCAUCUGACGUGAGGCAAUGGCGUUUACCGUGAAUACAGUCUCCGAGAACGCAGGAACAUUGCCUUAAAUUUAAAUCGAGCUAUAACAUGGAUCUUCCCGUGAUACUUUGGCGAUAUGGAUCGAAUCCAGACCCUAGAAAUAACCCAAUCUGCCCUUAAAACACAUUUUCUCUCUCUUGACCUCCUUGAGUAGGUAGAAGUUGCCUUUAACCACUGAUACAGGGUCAGAUAUGUCAUCCCCGUAGUGGUUAAGGUUAGGAUGUGGGUAGUAUGGUAAUCUGAUUAUAGAUCUGUGGUUAGGGGAAAUGUAUACAUGGAACCUUAAUUGAGCGACACCUGGUUAGUUUCAGUACCUGUGUGAAAAGUCUUAUCAGGGGGGAUCAACUUAAAAAACCUUGGUACUAGUACAACCGUAUUACAAAGACAUUUCCGUUCCACAGACACUGUACCUUACAAACUUAACGUCAGGAUUCAAUCCAAUCAAAGCAGUUACACCUCCAACCCCCAAAACGAGCAAUGUGUAAGGACCUGGGUGAGCAGAAUCAUUAGGUGCACGUGAUUAAGCUUGCCUGACAAUCCGGCAGGGCCAGUUACAGGCAUAAGCGGUCGCUUAAAAAAAAGGAACUCAGCCUGGUUUCAACUUACUAUUGA